CUUAUCCGAAAACAAAGAGUAGCGUUGUGAAGUAGUUCUUGUUCUUCAGCUUCGUCGCGUGAUUUCACUCCCAUUUAUGAAAAUGUGAUUUGACAUUUGUCUCACACAAUAUACUCCAUGGCUUCUCAUUGCCUCCUCCGUUAUCUUCCUUCACCAUCUUCAUCUUCAUCUUCCAUAAACCCCAAAUCCAAAAGGUUUCUGAAACCCCCAUAUUGCCCUUCCAUCUCCUCGCGAAUUCAAACCCCAGAACCCGACAAUGACGACCACGACGACAAAACCCCCAACAACCACCUCAAUUUCCUCAAGCUCUCCGUAACCCUCACCAUCAUAUCCGCUUCCCUCCCACAACCUGCCGUCGCCGCCGCCACUAAGGGAAAGAAACGUGCACCCAGAAAACAAUCCACCAAAAAACUCGAAGCUCUGUCGCCGGAGGAGCUGAAGACUUGGACUGAGGGGCUUCCUGUUGUCUCUGAUCGUCUUCCCUAUAGCGAAAUCCUCGAAUUUAAGAAGAAUGGGAAGCUCAAGCACAUAAUCAAGCCUAAUUCUUCGAAAUUGAAGCAACGGGCUGAAGCGGUUCUCGUGGUUUUGGAUGACUCGAGAGUGGUGAGAACAGUGUUGCCUUCGUUUGAGAGUCACAGCGAGUUUUGGGAUUCAUGGGACGAGUUAAACAUUGAUGCUUUGUGUGUGAAUGCGUAUACACCACCCAUUAAGAGUCCAGAGUUGCCUCCUCCUCUGCUUUUGGGGAUUUGGGUGCCCCCUUUUGUGAAGAGCCGCUUGGAUUCGCUUUUACAAAAGAGGGAAAUACAACCCGUUAAGGAGUCUAAAAAGGCCGCAGAGUUGAGGCAAGCGAGGUUGGAGUUGAAGAGACAGAAGGAAGAGGAAAUGAGUAGGUUGAAGGAAGAGAGGGAGGAGUUGGCGAGGAGUAUAAGGCUUCAGAAGAAAGUGGAGGAGAGGAGAAGGAAGAAAGAGAUAAGGAAGAGGAAGUAUAGGGAAUCAUUGCAGGAAGCAAGUCAUAGAUACGAGAGAAUGGCUGCUUUUUGGUCUAAUAUGGCAAAUGAUGCAAAUCUGGCUAAUGCACUUGGGGUGGUUUUCUUCUACAUUUUUUAUAGGACUGUGGUGCUUAGUUAUAGGAAGCAGAAGAAGGAUUAUGAGGACAGGCUCAAGAUUGAGAAAGCUGAGGCUGAGGAGAGGAAGAAGAUGAGGGAGUUGGAGAAGGAGAUGGAGGGGAUUGAAGACGAUGAUGAUGAGAGUGAGGUGGGGAAAGGGGAGGAGAAUGCUUACUUGAAAAUGGCAAAGCAGUUUAUGAGAUCGGGAGCACGUGUUCGAAGAGCACAGAACAAAAGGCUUCCUCAGUAUCUUGAGAGAGGGGUGGAUGUGAAGUUUACUGAUGUUGCUGGGUUGGGUAAAAUUCGGCUUGAACUUGAGGAGAUUGUCAAGUUCUUUACCCAUGGAGAGAUGUACCGAAGGAGGGGAGUGAAAAUACCAGGUGGGAUUCUUCUUUGUGGCCCACCUGGAGUGGGAAAGACAUUGUUGGCAAAAGCAGUGGCUGGCGAGGCAGGGGUUAAUUUCUUCUCUAUUUCCGCUUCACAGUUUGUGGAAAUAUAUGUUGGUGUUGGGGCUUCUCGUGUCCGAGCACUUUACCAAGAAGCGAGGGAAAAUGCUCCCUCUGUUGUCUUCAUUGAUGAGCUAGAUGCUGUAGGAAGAGAGCGUGGCUUGAUUAAAGGUUCAGGUGGACAGGAACGUGAUGCUACUCUUAAUCAGCUCCUGGUGUGCUUAGAUGGGUUUGAAGGAAGGGGGGAGGUGAUCACUAUUGCAUCCACUAACCGACCAGACAUUCUGGAUCCUGCACUUGUGAGACCUGGCCGGUUUGAUCGGAAAAUAUAUAUCCCCAAGCCUGGUCUCAUUGGCCGCAUAGAAAUUCUGAAGGUCCAUGCUCGUAAAAAGCCAAUGGCUGAAGAUGUGGAUUAUAUGGCUGUUGCUAGUAUGACUGACGGAAUGGUUGGUGCAGAAUUGGCCAACAUAGUUGAGGUUGCUGCCAUUAAUAUGAUGCGUGACUCAAGGACUGAGAUUACUACUGAUGACUUAUUGCAAGCUGCACAAAUGGAAGAAAGAGGAAUGCUUGAUAGAAAGGAGAGGAGCCAGGAGACAUGGAAACAAGUAGCUAUAAAUGAAGCUGCAAUGGCUGUUGUGGCUGUGAAUUUUCCUGAUCUAAAAAAUAUUGAGUUUGUCACAAUUGCUCCUAGAGCUGGUAGGGAAUUGGGUUAUGUUCGGGUGAAGAUGGAUUCAAUCAAAUUUAAUGAAGGAAUGCUCACUCGACAAUCCCUCAUCGAUCAUAUUACUGUUCAACUAGCUCCCCGUGCAGCUGAUGAACUUUGGUUUGGUAGUGGUCAGUUGAGUACGAUAUGGGCUGAAACUGCAGACAAUGCUAGGUCUGCAGCAAGGACAUUUGUUCUUGGUGGGCUUUCUGAGAAGUAUCAUGGAAUAUCCAAUUUCUGGGUGCCCGACCGAAUUAAUGAAAUUGAUUUGGAAGCAAUGCAGAUUCUCAACAUGUGUUAUGAACGUGCAAAAGAGAUCUUGGAGCAAAAUAGAACGCUGAUGGAUGCUGUGGUGAAUGAGCUUGUUGAGAAGAAAAGUUUAACCAAACGAGAAUUUUUUUGUCUAGUAGAGUUGCAUGGCUCCCUAAAACCAAUGCCUCCCACUAUACUUGACAUUCGGGUUGCCAAGCGUAGGGAAUUCCAAGAAUUGAUUAAUAACGGAAAGGGGUCAACUCUAAAGAGCCAAGCUUAAAAAUUUCAGGGGCUAAUGUCCCAUCAAUUUUGGGAAAUUUUCUACUAUAUGCAUUAAAGUGUACCUAAUUACUGUAUUAUAUUCUUUACUUCAACACCGGCGGAGUAUAGACAUUAUUUUGUUGGGUCUUUAGGAGAGGAUCCAUACAUAUUUCCUAGAUUUUCUUAACUUGGGAGUUAAAUUUCAUGUUUCCCAAUCUUUGCUGGAAAGCCAUGUUACAGAUUGAAAUUUUCUUUUGCAGGGGGAGGUCAUUCCUGAGUUAUUGUUUAACUACCUCUAAUCUCUGGACUUCGAAUUACAUUUUAUGUUCAAAAUAAUGAACUAGUAAUUACCUAAGCACAUGAUUUGGUGCGAUUCUUCG